AUGGUGGGAGGGGCUCCGGCUGCAGUGGCCCCAGCAGGGGUGUCGGACAAGGCGAAAGGGGACCUUCUCCUUGCAGAGGCCUCCACUGCAGAGCCUGCGACAGUCGGCGCGCCCCUGUGCGAUCGUGCCCCUCCCCCGCAGGUAUCCGCGAUGGCACUGGCUAUGCUUCGUGGCUGGUGCAGGUGGAUGGGCAUGGAUGCUCAGCGCUCGCUGCUCAUCCUGGGCACUCCCCACGACUGUGAGGACCAGGAAUUCCAGGAGGCCGCGCAGGCUGCCCUCCAGCCCCUGGGAAGAUACCGAGUACUGGGCAAGGUGUUCAGAAAGGAGUUCAGAUCCAAGGUCGCCUUGGUGGAGAUGGCUCAGUAUUUAAACCGAAGUGUGAUCCCCCGACAAAUACCAGGCAUGGGAGGACCCUGGACUGUGGUCUUCCUGCCCCAGGCCCCAGAAUCAGAGUCACAGGAUACACCCAAUUUCCUUGCACAGACCCAGAGGCAAGCAGGGGUUGCCUUGGCAGGCGAGGCAGGAGCUGGGGAUGGGGCAGGAGCUGGAGGCAAGGCAGCUUCUGGAGGCAAGGAAGGGGCUGGAGGCGGGGCAGGAGCUGGAGGCCAGGAGGGAGCUGGAGGCGGGGCAGCGUCUGGAGGCGGGGCAGCGUCUGGAGGCGGGGCAGCGUCUGGAGGCGGGCGUCUGGAGGCGGGGCAGCAGCUGGAGGCGGGGCAGCAGCUGGAGGCGGGGCAGGAGCUAGAGGCCAGGAGGGAGCUGGAGGCGGGGCAGCGUCUGGAGACGGGGCAGCAGCUGGAGGCGGGGCAGGAACUAGAGGCGAGGAGGGAGAUGGAGGCGGGGCAGCAGCUGCAGGCGGGGCAGGAGCUGGAGGUGAGGAAGGAAGCGAGGCAGAAGCUGGAGGCGAGGCAGGAAGUGAGGCAGGAGCUGGAGGAGCUAGAGGCGAGGCAGGAGCUGGAGGCGGGGCAGCGGCUGGAGGCAGGGCAGCAGGUGGAGGCGCAGAAGGAGCUGGAGGUGAGGAAGGAACUGGAGGCAAGGCAGGAACUGGAGGCAAGGCAGCGGCUGGAGGCGGGGCAGCGUCUGGAGGCGGGGCAUGAGCUGGAGGCGAGGCAGCAGCUGGAGACGUGGCAGCGGCUGGAGGCGGGUCAGCGGCUGGAGGCCAGGAAGGGGCUGGAGGUGAGGAAGGAACUGGAGGCUAGGCAGCAGCUGGAGGCGGGGCAGGAGCUGGAGGCAAGGCAGAAGAUGGAGGCGGGGCAGCGGCUGGAGGCAAGGAAGGAGCUGGAGGCGGGGCAGCAGCUGGAGGCGGGGCAGCAGCUGGAAGCCUGGUAG